AUGAACGGAGGGAGGGGGGUGGGAGGCGCGCGCCUUGAUCCCAGAAGGGGUGAAGAAGGAGGUGGAGAAGAAGGGAGAAGAGGACCGGCCGAAAACAACACCAAGGUGGCGAACCAAAUUCAGCGGGACCCCCUGGCCCCGAGUCCGCCCCCGCAGCAGCCCCAGGUGAUAACAUUACAGCAGCUCCAAAAUUUGCUUCCAAUCCAGCAAGUAAAUGGGUCUGCUGAUCUCGGAACUCAGAAAACAUUUGUAACAUCAAAUGCUGCAACACCGACAGUUGUCUCUCUCCAGGGGGUGCCUGGGCAGUUUAUCCAGGCGAGCAAUGCGACAACCGGAGCAGGCGGGGGUGGGCUGACGUACAGCAUCCAGCAGCCACAGCCGCAGCAGGCUCAGCAGCAGUUGCAAACAGUGACCGUCGACGGCCAAGAGGCCGUGUUCAUACCAGGAGGUGGUGGAUUAGGUACGUUAGUCUCCCCGCAGAUCCUCAGGACUGCGCCUAAUCUUCUUCAAUCUCCGACUAUUUUUCCUGGUCAAAAUGUCACAGUCAGACCUGGAACUCAUGUUUUGCAGCUUCAGCAAAGCAUACCAGUCCAGGUCCCGAUUUCAACAGCAAAUGGAACAGUUUAUCAGACAGUGCACUUCCCACUUCAGUCUUUCACAUCCCUCCCGAAUGUUCUUCAAACUGCACCUAUGAUCACACCUCAACUCUCUCAGGUUGGCACAACACAGAUGGCACAAAUUGUUACACCGUCAGGCCAGAUUCAGCAAGUGCAGGUACUCACUCCAGGAACGGCUCAGAACACAAUCGUUGUCCAGCCAAAAUUCGAGACACAGGCUUCAGCAGGUAACACUAUUGUUGUACAGUCAUCCCCUACAAAUCAGACAUCCCAGGUGUCGUCCUCCGCAUCAGCUACAAGCACGACCCCGUCUUCUGUAACAAGCUCAUCAACAUCACCCCAAGUCGUUGGCACACAGGCUCCAACGUCAAGUGAAAGCAUUAUUCUCCCUCAGCAACAAAUUUCUAUUGGCGGGAAUCAGCAGCAGGUUCAUGUCAUCCCUGCAUCCAGCCUUGCCAAUCUGACGAAUGGCUUAGCUGUAAGGAACAAUAACAUUGUUCAGGUUCCUUUACCUGGUGUCCAGACAGUUAAUUUACCUGGAAUUGGCAAUGUUCAGUUGAUACAGGCACAGCCUGCUCCUGCUGCUGUCCAACCUCCGCCUCUCCUUCAAACAAUUCCUGCUGGAGCGAUUCAGAUAAUAUCUUCAGGAACAAAUGGCUCAAAUACAAACCAGGACAACAGUGACCGGUGGCAAGUAGUUGGCUUGUCUUCCCAGCCAGUACAGACUUCUACUUCAAAUAUAACAUUUGAGGAUGAAAACUGCGAGGACAAGCCUCGAUCAGCACGACGAGUCGCUUGUUCAUGUCCCAACUGCUUGGACGGCGUUGAAAGAUCUGGAGCAAGGAAAAAGCAGCACAUUUGCCAUGUGGUUGGUUGCAACAAGAUCUACGGGAAGACUUCGCACCUGAGAGCCCAUCUCCGGUGGCACACUGGAGAGCGGCCUUUCAUCUGCAACUGGGACUUUUGUGGGAAAUGUUUCACCAGAUCUGAUGAACUUCAGAGGCACAGGCGAACACACACGGGCGAGAAAAGGUUCCAGUGCUCUGAGUGUAAUAAAAAGUUCAUGAGAAGUGACCACCUCUCAAAACACGUCAGGACUCACCAGAAACAAAGGAACACAGAAGUAACAACGUCAACUAAUUCUGCUGGUUCAAUGGACGAAAGUUCAUCCGAGGAUGAUAAAAUGCUCAUAACCUUGAAGUCUGAGUCUGACCAGGCUGAGCUGUCUAUAGUUGAGACGAUCGAUCCCAUCUAGUCUUUGCCUUCCCCCACUGACCAAUUGAGUGAAAUUCAGUUCAACGUUCAAGAUUUCUUAUCUUCAUGAUCUGCAAUGCACACAAGUUGACACUUGUAACUUGAGAAACAACGAACAAACGGUGCCAAAUGUCGAUAAAUCCAAGAAUCUGUUCACAAGAUUUUCUCUGGAUUUUAUUGGUAUUUUUAGCUUUAUUUUUUACUAGAUUUAACUGAAAAUUUGUAGCUUUAUUUAAAAAAAGUUCCAACAUGAGAAACCACCCAACCUCGCCUAACUAAUCUGAUUUUAUGAAGGCCUAUAAUUUAUGGGAGAAAACAUUCUUUUAUGGUAUGACAUAAUUGUGAUCAUAUUAUUUUUAAAAAAAAUGCAUUGUAAUAUUAUUGCUGUUGGAGUUCAAAGGGGGAUUUUAACAUUGUACUAACAAUAUUUUAUACAUUAGAUAUGUAAUUAAUUAUGACAAUUCGUUGAUGUUAUAACGUUUUUAUGUUAAAUGUUUAAUGGUGCAUUUCUUAACAUAUCAUUUACAUUGUCUAGUAAAAAUAUUUAAUCUUUUGUUGGCUUUUCUCAUAGGUGCUUCUUUUACUUAUGAAAUGUUUAAAAAGAAGGAAAAAAUUUAAAAAUUGGAAAGGUGUCUGGUUUAAAAGCUUGUUAUUGCUUUACCUCUCUCGGCCGUAUUUUUUCACAUUCAAUCCAAUUCAAAAUCUACGUGGAAGUGGCAUUCGGUAUU